UUAGUAACCGGAAAUCGAACUUGUAUAAAUAACACCAUCGUUCUCGGCUAAUAUCAUAGCUAUGACUCAACGAACUGGAGCAGUAGCUACAAUACAACAAGUGAAAAAAACCUUUCUAUUGUCUAUAGCAAAUUCAGGUAAAAAUUCAUUUGAAUUAACCAAGUAAAUUUGUGCUUAGCCGACUGGUUUUGAAGGGCUCCAGCAUCAACGUUCUCAACCGGAAGAAACCGAAACCUAACGUAACAAGACCGUUAACAGUUCUGAAAAUCAACUCAUCUUUUUUCAGAGAAGAAAAGCAAUCCUGCGUUACUUCGUAAAUUGUCCACAACGUCCGGAAUGGCUUCCCAGCUGGUCACAAGUGCAUUCUGGCACACAACCUUUGAUGAUAUCUUCAAGGACUUCAGUCCCGACGAGUGGACACUGGAGCCAACCGACCGACGAAUGCCAAAGGACUGGGGACAAUAUAAGGAUAGCGCCAAAGUCAAGUUUUUCUGUAAGGAUUGUGGAAGGUCUUGGACCUCUAUGAAUGGGAGAGUUAUAUUUUGGUACAAGAAGAUUGAUGAGAAAGACGAGAAAAAAGAAUUGAACACAGAGGAAGGAAAAUGCACCAGUGACGAAGGAAACAACGAUGAACCGAAGAAGACAGAUAAGUACUCCUUACGGUUCAGGCUGUACGGUCAACAGUGCAACGUCUGUACUGUUGGGACCCCUGAUGGGACAUUCACGGAUCCGAUGUGGUACGAGGAUGAGACCAAAAGAAUUCUGGACAAUGUUUAUGAAAAGAUAAAACAGGCCAUCUACAACAUUCCACCGGAAGACUCCAACGAUAGGAAAAGACCCGGAAGAAUGCGCAUGCCACACGACAAGCGACGCUGUCAAGCAUGCUACGAGGGGCAAUGUAGUAGCAAGUGAAUCACCAAAAAUCGAAUUUAUUAAAAUGUUAAUUAAAAAUC